GGGUAGCCCAGCGGCCAGCCAAAUUGGCGGCGGGCGCAAAACAAACUGAAACCGAAACGCCGUCGAGAAAGCACGCAGGGCAGUCGCCGCAUAAUUGCCGCACACGUACGGGAGGGGCGCACACGGACAGUGUCGGUGAGCGGGCUUCCAGGGGCGAGCGAGAGGGCCAGAGCGGGGCGCGGCGAGUGCGAGCGGGACGGCUGGGCUGGAAGUCGAGCGCUUGCCCCUGCCAGUGGAAGGGCCGUGAGUGCGCGAGGGAUGGCUAGCGGGCGGCAGUGGUGCCAUCCCGUUCGCUCGCAAAGAUGGCGUAGCAGCAGCAGCAGCUGCAGCGCAGCGCAGCGCAGAGCAGAAGCAGCGCCACAGUCGACAGUUGAAGCUGCGCCGAGGUGUCGUCGUCGCGCGCGGCAGCGAGCGAGCCACCACCGAGCGACGGCAAACGAGAAACGAGAAACGAGAAACGACAAACGGAUCGGAAAUCCCACUCCAUGCGUUGGCGUUGGCGUUGGCGUCGCAGCCGGCGCGGGCAGUGACAGCGGCAGAGAGACAGCGACGACGCUUUUGCUCGCGUGCAGCGCCCGCUAUGGUUUCAGUUCGUUUUCGCACGCUGUUCGCAACGAACGGCUCAUCUCUCACACACACAGACAGCAGGCGACAAGCUUCAGCAGCAAAGAGCCAAAGAGACACACAGGCAGUCGUUUACCGUUCACCGUUUACCGUUAACAGUUAACCGUUGCUCUAGCCCGAACCGAACCGAAUCGAAAGCCAAAGCCAAAGAGUGAAACAGUUACCAUUCGAUAUCCCGAUAUCUCGAUAUCUCGUGCGUUUUUUUUCCCAUCAAAUGUCCGAGUGUUCCGAUCGCACGGAAAUUGUUUUUUAUUGUGUCGCCCAGCUGUAACUCGAACUGUGCCGGCCAUGACCGUUCCACGAGUGCUAUAAGAAGACCCUCCUGCUCUGCCCCUCUCCACCCACGAACAGUUGCCGCAAGAGCGCGUCCGCCCGGAGAGACAAAGCGAAAAGCCGUCGGCACAAUGCAGGCCACCAAAAUGCGCACCCCCUUUGCCAUCCAGGAGAUCCUCGGCCUGGGCGUCGGGGCAGCCGCCUACCAGCAGCAGCAACAACAACAGCAGCAGCAGCAUCAGCAGGUGGCCGCCGCUGCAGCCACGCCCAGCUCCACGGAGGCGCCACUAUCGCCGGCCGCCACUCCACCGCCCCGCAAUGCCAACACGCCAGCCAGCGCGGCCUCAGGCGCCUCCGGACUGCAGCAGCAGCAGCAGCAGCUGCAACAGCAACAACUGCAACAGCAACAGCAGCAACAGCAGCAGCAGAUCUCCCAGGAGGCGGCCGUGCGGGACUCGCGCUCCCUCUCGCCCUCCCCGGACGUGACACGACUAUCGGCAGCCGCGGCCGCCGCAGCCGCUGCCGCCGCCCACUGCCAGCUGCCCGUCUUCAAUCCGGCCAACUUCUACGCGGCCGCCGGCUAUGCGGCCGCCGCGGACCCCUCGAACGCGGCGGCGGCCCACCACCACCACAUGACCACCCUGGCGGCGGCGGCCUAUCUGCGCGGCUUCCUGCCGCCCGGCUUCAGCACGCCGCACGAGUUCCGGGGCCACUUCCAGCAGCACUUUGGAGCCCAGUUCGCAGAACAAGCGGCCGCACGUGGUCAGGAGUACGCCAGCAGCCUGGCCAACGCCAGUGGCGAUGAGCAGUCGCCCAGCAAGGCCGGCGGUAGUGCAGGCUCGGGCGCCACCCCGGGCAACGGCAGCAGCAACGGACAUCUCGGGUCUCCGCCCAGCAGCAACGGACCCGCCGGCGAGGCCGGAUCGGGGGCCUCCGGGUCGGCCCUGGCCAGCGCCUCCGCCUCGGCGGCCGGGGCAGCCUCCGCCAGUCGCUCCUCGCCCGCCGGCGGCGCCGCCAGCCACCAUCACGCCGCUCUGGCGGCACAUCAGCAUGCGGCAGCCGCUGCCGCUGCGGCCCAUCACCAUGCUGCCGCUGCGGCCGCCGCCCACCAUGCCCACCACGCCCAUGCCGCCCACCACGGCCACCCCCACCUGCACGCCCACGCCGCCCACCAUGCGGAGGCAGCCGCCUUCCUGGGCGCGGCCGGAGGAGCCGGCGGCAACCCCAACAGCCUCCUGGCCGGCCACGGCGCGGACGUCCUUGUGGGCCCCGGCGGCGCCGGGCCCGGCGGCAAGAAGAAGAACAAGCGGCGACACGGCCGCACGAUCUUCACCAGCAGCCAGCUGGAGGAGCUGGAGAAGGCCUUCAAGGAGGCCCACUACCCGGACGUGAGCGCCCGGGAGCUGCUCUCCAUGAAGACGGGCCUGGCCGAGGACCGCAUACAGGUGUGGUACCAGAACCGGCGGGCCAAGUGGCGCAAAACGGAAAAGUGCUGGGGCCACAGCACAAAGAUGGCCGAGUACGGGCUGUACGGGGCGAUGGUGCGCCACUCGCUGCCGCUGCCGGAGACAAUCAUCAAGUCGGCGAAGGAGGACGAGUCGGUGGCCCCCUGGCUGCUGGGGAUGCACAAGAAGUCGCUGGAGGCCGCCGAGCUGCUGAAGAGCGACGAGAGCGACCGGGAGACGCCCACCUCGGACGACACCAACACCAGCUACUCGGCCGGCAGCACCCACAACUCCCCCAUCUCCAGCUUCUCCAUCUCGCGGCUCCUCUUCGACGCCCCGCCGCCCGCCGCGGGCAAGCCGAGCAAGCACCAUGCCCACGCCCACGCCCAGGCCCAGGCCCAGGCGCACAUCGCGGCCGCCAAUGCGGCGGCAGCCGCAGCCGCCGCCGCCCACCACCAUCACCACCACCACCACCACGGGGGGGAGGCGGCCGCCGCAGCCGCCGCUGCCGCUGCCAUGCACGCGGGCAUGGCCCAGCAGCACCAUGCCCACGCCCACGCCCACGCCCACUCCCACUCCCAGCCGGGGGCGCACCACGCGCAGCCAGCCGGAGCGUCGGGGGCGAGCACCGGGGGCCAGCACCAGCACCACCCGUACAACCAGCAGCAGCACCUGCACCACCUGCAGCAGCUGCAGCAACAGCAGCAGCAGCACCACCAGCAGCAGCAGCAGCAUCUAGCCGAGCGGGAGCGCGAAAGGGAGAGGGAGAGGGAGAGGGAACGGGAACGGGAGCGGCAGCAGCAGCAGGCGGUGCAGCAUGCGAUGCACAUGCACCACCACGGCCCCGCCGGCUACGCUGAGGCAGCCGUGGCCGCUGCCGCCGCCGCCGCUGCUGUGGCAGCCGCUGCCAAUGCACGGAACGCGGCCGCCGCAGCCGCUGCCUCCGCGGCCGUGACCGUCGCCGAGUCGGAGGAGGAUCCGGACGAGGACGAGGAGAUGGACAAGGACUGCGACCCGGAGAUCGACGGUGACAUGGAGGUCGCGGGCGACGCGGACGGAGACGCCGACGGCGACGGCGACGGCGAUGCCGACGGGGAGAUCGACAUCUGCGACGACCACGACGACGAGGUGCACAUGCACGAGCAGCUCCUGCUGAAGGUCAAGCAGGAGCAGGCCGCGGGCGGCUCCUCCAGAUGAAACAUGUACAUCGAUGUGUUGUUCUAAUUCAGCAGACAACCGGCAACGAAGCGCAACGGGAACGCCCCGGAGAGACGCCUCCGGGCGUGGCAAUGAACCCUUUUCUAAGCAUAAUCUAAUGACAUUAUUCAUAAACGUAAACGUAAACGUAAACGUAAACCUUAAAACGGAACAAAACAUUUUUUUUCAUAGACCUAAGCAGCACCCAAGCAUAAAUUCGCGUAAAUCGUAUCCUACGGAUCGUACGGAUCGCACGGAUCGCACGGAUCGUAUACACCUAGAUACUUUAGUACCAUAUUCAAUGGAGUUUGUUUGCCCUUUUUAUGUCUAGAGAUUGUAAAUAUCUAAGAGGUGGAACCCGUUCGGAGCUACGAUUUGCAAAAAUUUCUAAAAUACGCUAAAUGUGAUUUAAUUUAGUUAUCGAUUCUGAACAAGGCUUUUUAUCGUUUAAGAUCAUUUUUUUUCCUCGAAAAUUAAGUUUUAAAUAUCCUUUACAUUUUUUUUUGUGUCGCAUCCUUCCUGUAAAAAUUGUACAUACAAGCAAGGCCCCCUUCAAAUGGGAGAUGCGAGUCCUUAGGCCCUGCUCCGCAUUCAUCGUAUCGUUUGCAUCAAAGACCUAUCGAAUACAUGGAGGACGCAUCUGUUCUAUAAAAGGAUCAGCGGACAUUCUGUACAUACGAGUCCCAUUCGAGCGUUGAGCCCCCACCGCCACUCCCGCUUGAGACCCCUCCUUAUGCUCUUACUUUAUCCUUUGCAUACUCGUAAUUCAAACAUUGUUCAGGGCCCUUUUGGAGGCCCGAAGCAACCACAAGAACCACAUAAGUAAACUCCAAAUUGUGUAAUUAUUGAGCAAGACAAAGCAAAUCCACACAUACAAUACAUACUUACGAAUAUAUGAAAGUUAGAUGAAAUAAAAUGGAUGAUAUGAAAAAUA